CCAUUGCAGCUGGAUAUUUAAGAGAUGCUGCAGCCAAAUGGUAUGAUAAAAAUCAAGGAAAUUAUCAAGGAUGGCAUGUACAAGGAAAUCCUAAUAGUUUUGUAAAUGCAUUCUUAAACUAUUUUGCCACUGAUAUUGAAGAAAAUGAAAUGAUAGAACAAGUCACUGUCAAAGCUCUUAUCCUGAAAGAAAUCAUCUCUACUGGAGGGACAGACAUUGGACAAACCCCAUAUGUAAAUCAUCAAAUACCCCUCAAACUUGGAGUUAAACCUAUUGCGCAUCCACCAUAUAGAUUAAACCAAGAAAGGAAAGAUUUCUUAGAAAAAAAAAUCGAUAAGAUAUAUAAUCUGAAACAAAUACAUCCUGAAAUGGUUUCUGAAACUUUAAGCACUGAAGUAUUCUGGGAUUAUACCAGAAGAAGUGCAGUGGAAUGA